ACAAUUACACGUCUGGACUAUUUAAAUAAAUCUCAAGUUCUCGAGGGCUAGACGCGUGCCUUAGAUCUAUGUUAAAGGUUUCUAGGAACGAGUAUUUGCUACAAUAUCAGGGAUGAAGUUAAUGGAAAAACAGCAUCAUAAAAACACGCGGAGUGGAAAACACUUAUGUGAUGCAUGCAGAUCAGUAUGUGACUCCGAACGUUUUAACAGAAAACGUCGUCGUCCUGAUAUGUGGGACUUCGAACGUCGAGUCACCGAAAGCUUGAAACGUGCCAAAAGGCACAUCAGCAAUAUGUUUAAACAACAUGUUCUUUGGGCCAUGCAAGACAGCGUCGAACGAAGCCGUUACGUUCGUCGACGAGCUUCCGGGCGUAGACCUCAUCACACCAGGCGAGGUUCCAGAAUUAGCGGCCGAGUCCAUCACCGCGACCGACGGCAACGCGAAAAACCCACUCAGCGGCGCGUGAGACAUCACAAGUCCGACGCUCUCGAAGAGCCGGAAAGAAAAGAUGAAAGUACAGAGAUCAAACCCGUCAAUUCCGAUCAACAAUCCAAGUUUUCGCACGAAUCUGAGAAAAGUACUUCAAGUAUAAAAAAGUGUGAAACUGAUGACAAAGUAGUACGCACAAGUAAACAACAAGCAGUAGCUAAUAAAAAGAAACGCCAAAUUAUACAAAAAAAUCAAAGUUUCUUCAUGGAUUCAAGAAGCAAAAAUAAAAAUCACCAAAGGAAAUUUGCCAAUUCUGGAGUACGCCAUAUGGACAAUGAAGUAAUAGUAAUCCACGAUGACAAUUCUAAUCAAAAUCUCGAUUUGACAAAACGUAAGAAAAGUAUGAGGAGCGGUGAUAAUGUUUCUAAAACUCCAGAUAAAUCUCCUGGUUCAUCUGCUACAUCUUUGGAACCUCAGAGUGCCCAAAACUCAAAAGACUCAAAAACCUCCAAUUCCCAAAAAUCAAUUGGCACCGAGACUGUUUUCGAUAAACCGACUUCUCAGCAAUAA